UCCUCAUUCAAUAACUAUAACUAGACCUCUCACAUACCUCCCCCCCCCAUUUACACCUUUAUUCCAAUUCUUUAUUCCUAACCCAACCUCUUUUCUCUCAUCCUUUCUCACUCCUCUUCCCACCUUCUCGUUUAUACGUUUUUCUUUUUCAAGAAAAUUACAGGCGCCCAAAGGCCGGCCACUUAUUUAAGCGAACAUGGCCGAACCAAAAGUGGCGGGUGAAGGUCCUGACGAUCAUAGUUAUGUGACUGAUUAUCAGACUGUGGCCAGUGACCAUCAGGCGGAUGAUGGACAAUCGUCCUCGGACACUAGCCGUCAAACGGCGGCCAAUAGCAGGCGAAAAGUUGAUAAUGUAUUUUCAGAUGAUAAAAUCUCUGUUUCAAUUGGGAAAACUGAUGGUAUUGGACUUCAAAGUUCAAAUGUUGUUCAGCGAAGUUCAACUGCCCAUCAGAAGAAUUCAGCUGUCGAUCAGAAGAGUCCAGCUGUCGAUCAAAAGAAUCCCAAUGCUAAUGAAAUCGAUCUUGCUUUUGAUCGAAAGAAUUCAACAGCCGAUGAACUAAGUCUGACAUUCGAUCAGAUGAAAACAAUAGAUCAUCAACAGAACCCAACGUCGGAUCUACGGACAUCAAACGCCGACCGUUCAACAGCUAACGGUGCUACAGAUUUUACUUCGGGAGGUGAUGUUCAUACCACGCGUGCGUUCGACGGACAUUGCAGUCCUACCAUCGUGAAUCCUGAUACACAUGCCACGAAAAGUUUGAAAAUGACCCUGAACUCAACAGCUGAGGGAUUGACAACCCUCCCGAACUCAGCCUCGGAGAGGUUGAUAACGCCUCUGAACUCAACGUCGUCCAUGACGUCGAACACGUCACUCAGCACCAGCGUCUCGGUCAACAAGGACCUGACGUCCCCCACGUUUGACGUGCCGCCUCCUCGUCAAGAGGCCAACAAGAAAUUGGGCGAUGUAAUGCAGGAGUUCCAAUGGGUUAAUGUUACACAAACUGGGGGCGCUGGACCUCCUUGUACAGAAGGACGUGCUAGUCAGGAUACUCCAGCCUACAAUUCUCGGUCACUGUCAUUAAUUUCAACCAAAUUUUACGACUUAGGAAGUCUUCCGGAAGCUCGUCGUUCUUCGUGCAUCGCGUUCUCUGACUCUGAGACUUGUCACACCGCAAGAUUUUCCCCAAACGCAAGAUAUCCUUCUACCUUAAGAUCUCCUUCUGGGGGAUGUUCUUCCACUUUAAGAUCUCCCUCUGGAGGAUUUCCUUCCACCUUAAGAUCUCCCUCUGGGGGAUGUUCUCCAACCUCAAAAUCUCGGAAAAAGGAAUGCUCCCCUCACCUCAGAAACUCCACCCCAGGGAGACUAUCAGGCUUCCCAUCCCGGAGUUUCGACGCCCCCGAAGCAUCCCACAGCGUAAAACCUUCCUCAGAAACAUCAUAUCCUGAACUGAACACAAACAAGUCCUCACCAACUCAUCACUACCACGCAGCUCAGAACAAAUAUCCACCGCUGCUGAGGAGGGGUUGCGGUGAUCCCUCCUGUCCUCUCCGGCGGCCUCAGGAACGCCUCUACCGCUCACUCUCCCUACCUGCCACGUCUGCUGUGUGGGGUAGAGCUCUUCCCACUGGAGGGAGGCGGUGUUCAUGGAGUACCUUACUACGCCACUACUAUCCUGAAGGAGGUUGGGGGUGGCUGGUGCUAGGUAUGGCCACCAUGACGGCACUUCUCACCCACGGACUGCACACUUCGUACGGAGCGUGGCUCGUGCCUCUGGCAACCAAGUUCCACAUUCAAACGCCAACUGCUGGCGUGCUGGGCGCCAUGUCGACGUCACUGGCGCUGCUCAUAUCGCCCCUCACCAUCGCCAUCUGCAGGAGGAAGAGCACGCGUCUCACCGCCGUCAUCGGGGGCCUCGUCACCGCCCUCGGUUGUCUCUUCACCUCCUUCGCCAGACAGUACCAUCAGCUCUUCUUCAGCUAUGGUACCGUCGUAGGUAUUGGCGUCGGGCUGACCCGGGACUCGUCCACGCUGAUGGUGGGCCAAUACUUCAAGAGGCGGCGGGAGGCCGUCGAGGUGCUGGUGGUCGGCGGCAGCGGCCUCGGCAUCUCCGCCAUGUCCGCCUUUGUCAGGGGCGCCGUCAGUUCGUUGGGCUGGCGGCUGGGUCUGCAGGCCGUGACCUGCGUGGUCUUCCUAACCUUCUUGAUGGGGACCUUCUACAGGUCAGCCUCCCUCUACCACCCCCAGCGUAGGGCCAUCCUGCACCUCAAGAACCAGAAGAGGAAGGUUAAAGAGAAGGCCAGGCAGGCCGACCAGAUGCCUUUCUUCGACGUCACCACACUCAGGAGCAGGACCAUCCAGAUCCUUCUAGUGUCGACCAGCCUGUCCAGCUUCGGCAUCACCACACCCAUACUUUAUAUGGCACAGCACGCUGAACAGGCCGGCCUGCAGGAAGGGUCUGUCCUGCUGCUGCAGACCUACCUCGGGCUGGGCUGGUUCGCAGGCUGCCUGGGCUUCGGGUUCCUGACGGUUCAUCGCAGCGCAGACUGCAGAGUCGGCCUGCAGUACCUGCUGCAGGCCGCCAUGUUCCUGUGUGGUGUGACCUGCCUGGCCUUCACGGCGGUGGAGGGUUACCCAGGCUACGUGCUCUUCUCGUGGCUGUACGGGAUUUUCUGCGGCGGGUUCCACUACGCGCUCAAGAUGUUCACGUACGAGAAGGUACGAGCACGUAACUUCGCUCGUACGUGGGGCUUCGUGCAGUGCACGCAGGCUCUGCCCACCGCCCUCGGGGUGCCCAUCACAGGUUACAUCAACGUGGAGUGCGGCCACAAGGCAGGCUAUUACUUCUCGUCGAGCUUCAUCAUCGUCGGCUCGAUGACGUUCUUUUUGAUCGACGUACACCGCCGGCAUGCCGCCCGCCACCGCCACUCACACAAGUCAGGCAUGGGUCACACCUGCGCAAGACGCGGUUGCCCCAACUCUCUGCGCCCCCGCCGCGACUCCCUUGCGGGGCUGGACCCCGACCCUGUACUGGGGGGCACUCAUCCCCCCAGCCUCGCCUCCCUCAUCCACAACCCCCGCAACUUCACCACACUCCCCGAGCAGGUGCACGGCGGCCGGAACAAGGCAGAACUGACCUGCAUCUCUGAGGAGGGCAUAGCAGACAUGGACCUGCCCGACCACCUGCUGGAGGAGCUCGACUACCUCGGCGACUGCAUCACGUCCUGCGAUAAGGUCGAGAAUUAUUUAAUGAGAAGCGAGUAUGAAAAUAAUCUCAUUAUUCGGGCCGGUGACAACGGAGCCCUCAGCAACGAAAGGCGAGCAAACGCACCACUGAAUAACGAGAGACGGAACAGCGCAUUAAUACGCACCGGUGACAACGCAUCAUUUAAUAGUGAGAAACGAGGCAGCGCAUUAAUACGCACCAGUGACAACACUUCAAUAAAUAAUGAAAGGCGGAACAACAUAUUAAUGCGCACCGGGGACAACGUAACAAUCAAUAACGAGCGACGACUCAGCCGGUUAAGAAGGACACUGUCCAUCAGAGCAGGAGGCUCUAUAAGAAAUACGUCCUCUUCCAUGGACCAGCUGGAGGAUGCGGCCACCGCUCCUGCAGCAGGUGGCAGCGAGGCCUCUUCUGCUGCAGGAGGUCAGCCUGCAGAGUGCAGCAGCUACAGCAAUAAGUUCCCUCCCUGCCGACACAUCACAGUCAUAGAGGAGGCCUCCGUCUGAGCAACUGGGGUGGCAGGGAAUAUGUUUUGGUCACUGAAUGACAAGCUUAUCGGUGACCACUGUACAGCUGACUUAUCUGUGGCCAAUGUGUAGCUGACUGAUCGGUGGCCACUGUGUAGCUGACUUAUGGGUGGCCACUGUGUAGCUGACUUAUCGGCGGCCACUGUGUAGCUGACUUAUCGGCGGCCACUGUACAGCUGACUCAUCGGUGGCCACUGUGUAGCUGACUUAUAGGUGGCCAAUGUACAGCUGACUUAUCGGCGGCCACUGUGUUGCUGAAUUAUCGGUGGCCACUGUGUAGCUGACUUAUCGGUGGCCACUGUGUAGCUGACUUAUCGGUGGCCACUGUGUAGCUGACUUAUUGGUGGCCACUGAUGGGCUGGGUUUAUCGACGGCCGCUGAAUAGAUAACUUAUCUUUAGUCCCCAAUGACCUGUUAUCAUAACCACUGAAUAAAAGGUGAAAAGGUGCCCACUGAGUUGCCGGCUUAUCGGUGGCCGCUGUAAGUUCGGCUAAUCGAGGGCAGAUAUUAUGGCUGGUUUAUCGGUGGCUCUGAAUAUUAGGCUUGUAGGAACAUAAAUAAGCUAGCAACGUUGAAAUAAUGAGGUGUAAUUUAGCUGACUUCUCAAAAUCCGGACAAAUCAUGACAAGUGAACGCACCCCAUGCGACGAGAUGAGUUUACACCAAACUACACUCAAACAAAUAAAUGGGUAUUAUGGUCCAAAUAUAUACACUUCAUUACCCACAGCAUGAGCAGAGUGUGGACGUAGCACUGAUACGUUCUAUUGUUGGUCCAGACUGUGUCAGGACACCUGGGCCUAUACUUUCAAAAAAAGUUAAGAGAUCGUAAGUUCAUCAGCCAA